GAUGGAAGGAAACAAGUUUUGAAUACAAAUGAGCUUCUCUCUAGCGGUACAGAUACCACACAUCCCUCUCUCUUACUCACACACGGAUACACAAUCUUCCACACACGCUGCCUCUCGGUCUCUAUUGGAAGACAGCACAUGCAGUAAUUCCCGACACUUAAUUGAUUAGCCCAGGCUGCUUAUUUGAAGUGGCUAAUUAGAGGGGGAGUGUGCCGAGUGUGUGAGGAGGGCUGGGGAGUCGCUGGCGCGCUUUAUCUCCGUGCGCGCGUGUGUGAGUGUCUGUCUGAGGAGCUCCAGUACCACGCUUCACUCUGGAGCAGGAGGAGGAGAGAAGAAGAAGAGAAGAGAUAGAGAGGCAGCUGGGUGGGGAGAUUUUCACAACACUUUCCCUCAUCUGACAUGGCCUCUGCGUAGGAAUCUGGUGCCACGGCAACAGAGGAGCUAGGCAGCAGCGAGGUGUCUAAGGUGUGAGGAGAGAGAGAGUGCUGGAGAGAGAGAACGAGAGAAGGCAGGAGAGAGAGAACGAGAGAAUGAUGGCGGCGGAGGAGGAGAAGCCGGGUUUGAAGAGCAGCAGCUCCAUCGUUCCCUGCUUCUUGUUUGUUGAGCUGGUGAUCAUGGCAGGGACGGUUCUCCUGGCGUACUACUUUGAGUACACAGACACGUUCCCCGUGCACAUCCAGGGCUUCUUCUGCUACGACAAGACGUUUUCCAAGCCCUACCCCGGCCCGGAUGAAACCAGCAAGAUACCCCCACUGCUGGUCUACUCACUGGUUACAGGCAUCCCCUGCUUCACGAUCUUGGUGGGGGAGUUGGUGGCGUUCUUUCUGAAGGCUGAGGGGACGCAAGAGAAGACCAUAGUGACAGCAGACUGCUGCUACUUCAACCCUCUGCUGCGACGCAUCGUCCGCUUCCUAGGGGUGUUCUCCUUCGGCCUGUUCACCACCACCAUCUUUGCCAACGCGGGUCAGGUGGUGACAGGAAACCAGACGCCUCACUUCCUGUCUGCCUGCCGGCCUAACUACACGGCCCUGGGGUGCACAUCCAACAUGCAGUACAUCACCCAGCCCCGUGCCUGCACUGGAAACCCCCUGGUAGUGGCGUCUGCACGCAAAUCCUUCCCCUCCAAGGACGCAGCGCUCAGUGUCUACUCUGCAGUCUACACGGUGAUGUAUGUGACGCUGGUAUUCCGGACCAAAGGCACUCGGCUGACCAAGCCUACGGUCAGCCUGACCCUGCUAUGCCUGGCCAUGCUGGUGGGAGUGGUCAAGGUGGCAGAAUACCGCAACCACUGGGCCGACGUCCUGGCCGGCUUCUUCACUGGAGGAGCCAUUGCUGUGUUUCUGGUGACGUGUGUGAUCAACAACUUCCAGCAGACGAGGCCCCCUCCCCUUCCCCCGCGGCCCCAGCGCCCUGAGUCGGUGCUAGGCAUGCCCAUGGUGGCUCUGCCCUGUGUGGAGAGUCCACUCGAAAAGUUAAGUGGAACUCAGACUCCGAGGGGAUCUCCUUUCACAGAGAUCACAUGACCAUCAGCCGUAUCGGUUCCCCGCCACCCCAGAUGUCCUCAUUCCGUCUCGCUCCAUUUCCAGCGAAGUCUAGACCAUCCACACGAACAUGAACACUCACACGAACACCACUGCGCAGCCCACCCGGCAGGCCGCUACUCCACCCUCUACAGAUCCUACUCCACGCAGGUCUAGACUUUCAAAACACACGCACACAAACACAACACACACAGCAUACUCAGACCUCUACAAACCUCCCCCUAACCUUGUCCAAGCCCAAACCCCUGGGGGAACCGAGAGGUGAGCUCAUAAAGUGAGACUCACAAAGACUUAACAGCUGUCCAGCUGAACAUUCAGUACAGUGUCAGGUACAGGUAUGCCUCUUUCAUUUAGUUGUUUUCAGAGGCUUCUUUUUUGUUUUGCAGACUUUUUAUGAAUGUGCUUCAUUGUGUGAAGUACACAUUUCACCAGGUGAUGUUUCAUCUUCUACGUGCUUGUAAGGAGAAACUGUCAGAAGAUGUCCUCACAGGCAGUGCAGCCAGUCAUCCUGAAACCCUUCAGUCAUUUGUGUCUCUGUGCAAUUUUAAGAUGAAUCCAAACAACCGCUCAAUGAACGCUCUCUGCUGGCUUUAGGGCUCAUUUUCAGUAUCCUAGAAUGAGCCAAUCGUCAAAUAUCUGCAAGAGUCAACAAACUCAAAUGUUUACGGACCAAUCACUUUCUGUAGCAACUUUGGUACUUAAUUACUGUAUCUUCCAAAUACAGCAUAGAGACAACACACAUAGAUCAGACCUCUCUUCAGCUCUGCAUGACUUUACCCAGAUCAAAGGAUUCUGUUCAUAUCACUGAGGAAAAGACGAUACAAGAACAAACAGGAUGAAACUGCAGACGGUUUAUUUUUCUCCGCUUUCGAUUGGUUGCAGCUGCCGCAAGUCAGCAUGAAGUAGAUACAGAUUUGGUAAGACUGGAUGAGACACAUUUUGAAAUACAUCACAAGUGACAGGACAUGAGCUUUGUACAGUACAAAACAUUUUCUUUUACACUCAAUGUAUCUGGACAGGGAACCUUGGUUACCAAAGCUUUGUCAUUGUGAUGUCACUAAAAUACUUGUUUACUUACACAUCCCUUUUGCCUGGAAUGGAACGGAUCACAUCGGCAUGGAACGGAACGCCACACUGGAAAACCAAGAUUCCCUGUCUCUGGGCUGUAGAGAGAUAUUAUUGGACUUUGCCUAUUCAUGUGAUAAUGUGAUUUAUUUAUGAGCAGAUUAAUCAUAGAUGUAUUUAGUUGAUGUGUAUAUAUGGUGUGGUUGCCACAAACAGUUAUUUUGAUUUGCACAGCCCUCACUCAUAUCCAGUGGUGUAAAGUACUUAAGUAAAAAUACUUUAAAGUACUACUUAAGUCGUUUUUUUGGGUAUCUGUACUGUACUUUACUAUUUAUAUUUUUGCCAACUUUUACUUGACUGCAUUCCUGAAGAAAAUUAUGUACUUUUUACUCCAUACUUUUUCCCUGACACCCAAAUAAUUUUUUAUGCUUAGCAGGACAGGAAAAUGGUCCAAUUCAUGCACUAAUCAAGAGAACAUCCCAGGUCAUCCCUACUGCCUCUGAUCUGGAGGAGUCACGAAACACAAAUGCUUUGUUUGUAAAUUAUGUGAGUGUUGUAGUGUGCCCCUGGCUAUCCGUAAAUUAAAAAGAUUUGCUUAAUAUAAGAAAUUUGAAAUGAUUUAUACUUUUACGUUUAACUAAGUAUAUUUUAGCAAUUACAUUUACUUUUGAUACUUAAGUAUAUUUAAAACCAAAUACUUUUAGACUUUUACACAAGUAGUAUUUUACUGGGUGACUUUCACUUGAGUCAUUUUCUAUUAAGGUAUCUUUACUUUUACUCAAGUAUGCUCACAUCUCACCCUCCACUCCCUCCCACUGGCAUAUGUUUGUUUUUUUCUUCUUUGUGUUGUAUCCUGACUAUACCGUCACUGUGCUGUGUAAUGUUUCCCUCUGCUGGACAACACACACACACACACGCUCAUAAGAAAACAUACAUUUAAUAUUGACAAACUUACCAAAAUACACACACUUUUGGAUGUACAUACACAUACUCACCCAACGAAACAAACAAACACACACACUCACAUACCUCUCCUAAUCUCUAGCCUAUACCUCCCCUCUUUUCCACUUUCUUACACUUAAACCUGUUUGUAUGGUUUUGUAAAUAGUUAUUUUUUGUAAUGAGAAUGUGAUUUUUACACAGACACCCCACUGCUCUCCUUACAUUAAGUUGUUAUGGAGAAAUGGGAACAUUAAUUGUAUCAACUUUAUUACUGAAGACAAGAGUGUAUGUAAAGGUCCUGGUCCACUCUAAAUCAGGCCUGGAUUGGACCUCUCCUUGUCCCAAACUGGCAGCCAUUCUGCAUCAAACCAGGUGCCCUCCCGGACCAAGGUUGGAGUCAACCAAAGAUGACUCGUGGUUUUAUGCUAACAAUAGAAUCCCCUCAUGGUUUAGUUUCUCUUGUAAUAGUUCACCUGCCAGCCCAUAUUGGGCCAGUAACCAAAAGGUUGCUGGAUCGAAUCCCCGAGCUGACAAAGUAAAAAUCUGUGGUUCUGCCCCUGAGCAAGGCAGUUAACCCACUCUUCCCCGGGCAACGAUGACAUCGAUUAAGGCAGCCCCCCAUGCCUCUCUGAUUCAGAGGGGUUGGGUUGAAUGCAUUCAGCAGUACAGCUGACUAUGUAUCCCCCUUUCCCUAUACACCAAAGUCAGUGAGUUAGGACAAAGUGCACUGUAUACUACUAUCACAAUCUUGAGGGGUCUGUUGCUUUUACAUUUAAGUAAUUUAGCUGACGCUUUUAUCCAGAGCGACUUACAGAAGCAAUUAUGGUUAAGUGCCUUGCUCAAGGGCACCUUGUCAUCUCGGGGAUUCGAACCAGUGACCUUUCAGUUACUGGCCCGGCGCUCUUAACUGCUAGGUCAAAACUGACAGCAGCUACAAAAUACUACACAGAUGGCUUGAUUAUGUUUGGGUCAGAUUGUGUGUUCCUUGGUGCACAUACAAUACAUCUGCAGUUUGAUUUAGUUCUAUUUAAAAAAAAUAAGACGAUAAAUAAUGCAGGAACAAAGGAAAGUGUUCUGAGUUUUAACACUUCAUUUCAUUUUGUUACAACGUACCUUCUGUUUUGUAAAGAUUUGUCUGAUGAGAACAAUAAAUGGAUAUCGCAAUAAAAAGGAUGUUGAGUGUUUGCUCUUGCCUUUUAUGGGGGCAGAACACAUUCUGUUUUACUGUCA